AUGCCCUCCUUCCUUAACGACGACAACUCGCACAUCUUUUCCACCGAACCCGACCUUGUCAAACUUGACCCAAACAACCAAGUUUGCCUCGAAGUCGACAAGAAGGAGGCGAAUGGGGAUUCAAUAGCCCAUACCCAACCUGAACCCAUCAACGAGAGCUCCGACGAGAGCUCCACUACAUCCACGCACGACUCGGAUACAUCAGACACGAACCAUAUUCCUAUGAAUGGGAACGGCACCAGGCCGACGAGCAUCAGCUCGCUCGCCAAUGGCAUCAAUGGCUCCAACGUGGAAGAGGCAUGUGGAAAUUCCACCAUCAAGACGAUACCAAACGGCGCUUUAAGUCUCCCAGAUCGAACCGCUCCAAAGCCACCUACAUCGGGCAGCAAUGGAAACUCAGCUUCAACAGAAAAUGCGUCUUCUUUGCAUCGAAAGCCAAUUGCCCCUAGCUCUCCUGUCGCCGAGCAUCAGCAUCAAGUUCAUGACCACAAGCCUGCGCAAUGGACCCACGGUGGUGCAACCAGUCCCCGAGACUCGGAUAUAUCACAAGGUUCAGCCCCAGAACUUGACUUGAACGACCAUGAAGGUCAGGCAACACCUGCCGCAACACAGGCGUUGCCAGCUCCUGAGAUUGUGCCACAAAAGUCUUCGCCACAUCGGUUCUCGUCCCCUCCAGCAUACCAACCAGGUGGCUCGCCUUUGACCACCUCACCGUCGGGACUCCUUCAACUCCCAAGCGCCGUGUCCAUAAAGCAGAGACAUACUCUUGAGAUACCGAAGCCUUCUCCCGCCCGAGGAUCUAGAGAUGGACCAGACAUUGCACACGCCAGUGGACGAUUCUCUCCAUCUGUGGCUCCGAUCGGACAUCGCCGUGCUUCACUAAACCUAGUUCGGAGGACAACUCGAUCCAUGCAUUCUGAUACACCUCGAGAUGAGAUUCUGCCCGAUGAGGAUGCUAUCCGUUGGGCCGAGGCCUACCGCCAGAAGCGGGCUAGUAAACGGAAAAGAAAGGAGGAGGAAGACGAUGAUCGUGUUUUGGUCGGCACGAAAGUUGAUGAGAGCCACGCCAACUGGGUCACGGCUUAUAACAUGCUUACCGGGAUCCGAGUGUCUGUUUCGAGAACAAAUGCUAAGCUUGAUCGUGAACUCACUGAUGCCGAUUUUGAGGCAAAGCAAAAGUCAACGUUCGACAUCACUGGCAACGAGCUGGUCCCUUCUGCCAAAUACGAUUUCAAGUUUAAAGACUAUGCGCCUUGGGUGUUCCGACGUUUACGUGCCUUGUUCCGUCUCGACCCCGCCGACUACCUCAUGUCGUUGACUGGAAAAUAUAUUCUUUCUGAGCUCGGCUCCCCGGGCAAGAGCGGCAGUUUCUUUUACUUUUCCAGAGAUUACAAAUAUAUCAUCAAGACGAUUCACCACUCUGAGCAUAAAUUCUUGAGGAAAACUCUCAGGGAUUACUACAACCACGUUCAAAAUAACCCCAAUACACUUCUUUCACAGUUCUAUGGCCUUCAUCGGGUUAAGAUGCCAUAUGGCAAGAAGAUCCACUUUGUUGUCAUGAAUAACUUAUUUCCGCCUCACCGAGAUAUACACACCACUUUCGACUUGAAGGGCUCGACUAUUGGCAGAGACUACAGGGAAGACGACCUGGGAAAGAAUCCUCGAGCGACAUUGAAGGAUCUGAACUGGUUGAGACGGCAAAAACACUUGGAGUUAGGUAUCAAGAAGAAGCAGCUUUUUCUGGAGCAACUCCAGAAGGAUGUUGUCUUGCUCAAACGAUUGCAGAUUAUGGACUAUUCACUACUCAUUGGUAUUCACGACAUAUCACGCGGGAACGAGGAGAACUUGCGUGACAAGACUCUACAGGUCUUCAACCCCGGCGUCGAGAAAACGGCCGAUGACGAUCCGCCAUCGGUGAUUAUGAGGACACCGUCCAAGAUGGAGAACGUUCGAAAGGCUCGAGAGCUGAGAGAAAAGAUUCGUGCAGAGCGGCCAGUUCCCAUCGGCCAGGCUUUGGACAAGAUGCCUGAUGAGUUGGGAGACUCUCAUACCCGUCCCGGUUUUGUUUUCAAUCAGGACGACGGGGGCUUUCGGGCGACCCAUGAAAACAAUCAACCUGCAGAUGAAAUUUACUACUUGGGAGUAAUUGACUGCCUUACACACUAUGGAAUGAUCAAAAAGAUUGAACAUUUCUGGAAAGGUUUAUCACAUGACCGGUCACAAAUCUCCGCGUUACCUCCAGAGCAGUAUGGUGACCGAUUCUACAACUUCGUCGAGGGGAUCACCAUGUCCUCGGAGGAAGCUCGAAGGGAGAUUCUGCGAAAGGAGCAGGAAGCGGCCGAAGGGAGGGUGUCCACAGACAAGUCAGCAAAACGAUAUGCAGCGCAAAGGCACAGCCAUGGAGUCCCCCCAAUGCCUUCUCAUCUCCCGCCAGCGCCGCCAGAGAGUGGUUUGUCAGCAGAAGUGCGAGAAACCAUGGAGAAGGCAUCGAGAGAAGCCAGGCGGACCGAACUGAGCGGCGCAGCGGAAUCAGACGUACCAGACAGGGUUCUGACAACCGUCAGCUCUCCUGACAAGCGCGAGUCAUUUCAGCAUGAGCCGAUCUUGCCAGUAGUUGAGGAAGCUGCUGAGGGCAGCCGUAACGAGGCAGAACCACUAUGGGAUAGGUCGAACAGAGUCAGAAGUGGCAGUGCCGCUAUUUCAGCGCCGCCGACUGGACCUCCACCGCCGACACCCUCCAAAGAACGCCCGCCGCCGCCGCCCUUGAAAUCCGAUGGCCAAAAUCUGCGGCCGAAGCUUAGCAAGGAAAGCUUGAACAAAACCCUGCCUCCAUUGCCCAAGGACCAGGAGACGCAGGACAGUGGUGUGCGCAUGGUUUAG